CAUUGGGUUUGAAACGUUGACUCUAUUUUUUCCAACAAUGUGUGUUUUUGUUUGUUUCAGACCAACAUCUGCAGUCCUUGUUUUCAUUUCUUUUAAUUGUAGAGUGGACUAAGCUACGGUCUUCUGACUCAAAGUCAGAGCUGACACUGAGGCAAGCUGAACGUUUAAUUUAUGGAUUGACGCGGGAUGUAAAUCUAUUGUGAGUUGAGUCAAGUUUAUUUCAGGAAAGGGCUGUUGGGCAGGGCUCAGCACAGCAACCUCAGCCUGCGCUGGGGGGAACGUUUGUGCCGGAGAAGGGAGUAGCGGCCGGACUGUUAUCGAAGGGUGGACGAACCCUCCUCUCACGGCUUCCCCUCCCGGGUUUUGGAUCGGGGACCCUGCCCGGGAUGAUCAGCCGCACCUCCUUGCAGGGCUCCAUGGACGGCGAUGAGAAGGAGGCGGAUGUGGAGAUAGAAGAGGAGCAGCAGCAGACGGACGCUUUCUACAGCCUGUACCGCAGGCACAGGUCUCUGCAGCUAGGAGAUGAAGGUGGCAGAAGAAAUGAGUCGCCAGAAACAUGCUCCAAGGACACAGUGUCUCAGGAGGAUUUCAGCCUCUCUUUAUUGGCAUCUAACUUAUCUGUUGUAGCUGAGUCCGAGCUUCGAGCGUUCAUUGCUAAACGCCUCAGUAAAGGGGCUGUGUUAAGCAGAAUGGGCACGAUAACAGCCGUGGAUUUGAGCAUAGCUGAGCAGGCUGUCGCUUGUUACUACUGUCUCGUCCAACCGGAUCAGCCCCCAAGCCCAGAAAGUAACAGACCAGAGUCAAAAUCUGUGGUUACUGAUUACAUUCUCUGCUUUCUGGGUAGUACAGAGAAGAGCCUUGAACUUUUCAGAAUAGAGUUGGAUAAAUAUGCCCAGGGCUUGCAACUUCACUUGGAUGCUGAGGUUGGAGCUGUUGAGCUGCACAUCCAGCCAUACCUGAGCAGCUGGUAUGAAGACGCUGUGCUGUACAUACGAAGGGUGUUGCAGCUGUUUCAGAACAGACUUGCUGUUCUUUUACGGGCCGCUUUGAGUCACACUCCAGUUGAAGUUAAAGACUCUGAUAACAAAAUAAAACAGGAUGUUGAAAGGUUUCUCAGUGCUGCCAGCCUUCAGGGUCUGAUCCAAGAGAACAUGCUAGCUUCGCUGUGUAAAGUGAUGACUGAGGAACCACAGAACGUCAUUAUUAUAAACUGCAGUGAACCUACUCCUGCCUUUCAAAAUGCUGUGAGCAAUAAGUUUUGUGAAGACUGGAUUCCUUCGUUUUUAAAUAGUUUGGAAAGUGGAAAUCCUUUCCUCAUAAGGCAAAUCCUGGAGAAUUUUAAAUUAAAGGCCAUCCAGGAUAUGAACAGCCUAAAGCGGUACAUUCGACAGGCUGAGACAAACAACUAUGCCCUGUUCAAAUGCUUUGUCUUUCUCAAGAACUGUGGCAAUGGGGAUGUCCUCCUACAGAACGUCAAGGUAGAACAUGUUGAGAUGCCUGAGGCCCAAAAUGUUGUGAAGGUUCUAGAAGAAUUCAUGUAUGAAGAAGGUGUCAUUACUCCCACUAACUAAAAGAAAUGCUGUGUCUGACCAAUCAUUAACUUUAGCGAAGACUUUAUUCUUUACUUUGUCAUGCUUGUUGCUGUGGAUAUCAAGAGUCUUAGGUACUGCACUCUCUAUCAGCAUCACACAUGCAUGACAUCCCUGGGCUGGUGCACUUUGUUAUUGUGAGUGCUGUUUAAGCAGCCUGUGAAAUAAUAGCUCACCAUGGGCUAAUUUUACUGCUUUAGUACUGAGCUCAGCAUUCUGCCAUUUGGACUUGUGUUGUGAGUAGUGAGAUACAUCUAAUCCAGCUCCUUCAUAGGGUAAGUCUUUGACAGUCCUCAAGACAGCAACUGGGAUUGUGUCUCUGAGAAAUACAGCUGGCCCUUCAUUCUCACUACGGACUGAGAAGGGCAAGUUGGCAGUGGAAUAUUGUCAGUGAUUCAACACUAGAGAUCUGGAGUAAGCUGUGAGAGGACCUAGACUUACAUUUGUACAUUCUCCUCACCUGGAUUAAGAAUUUAAGCAGGAGUCCUGUAAGAAGCUAUAUGAAGUGACUCAGAAAACUGAGGAAUGAUGCUGCUUAUGUUUUUUUUCUGGCCGAGGGGAGGGUGGUUGCGGUGAUGGGAAUAAAUUUUACAUCUACCUAAAACGUUCUUGAUUGGGAUGGUGGUUUCCGAAUGUGGGAACAAAGGAUGGAAAUGAAAAGAAGAUUGAUUUCUUUUUAUUAGAAAAAAGUUUCUGAGAAACUGGUAAUUUAGAAAUCUGGCACAAUGAAUUUCGGGGCUUGUAAUAAGUCAGGCUUUAGCUUCCUCAGCCAUUAAUGCGAGUGUGAUGGAUUAGAAUAACAUUCCAAAGUAACCUAUCAUCCAACACUUAACCAAAUCAGUGAGGCUCCCUGUAAUCAUUCAAAAUGGGACAGAAAACAAGUCCCCAAGUUCAUCUGGGUCUCUGCUAUCACUCUGUCAGUGUAUGACUAGAAUAUAUUUACAAUGGUUUUCUUUGUUUCAAUCCUAAAUAAAGUUUGAAUCUGA